CGUGGACCUAACAAUUUUGGGGAUUAUUAUCGUCGUCUUCUUCCUUAUGCACCAAUUUUUGUCUGCACUUCACCGUGAAGGAAGCUCAGAAAUUUUACUUUUUCUUUUUGGGAACCCGUGAUCAAAUGAUAGGAGGAACAAAUCAGGAGAGACACAAUUCUUUAUUGACAGAGAAAUUGAUAAUCGAAGAACCCUAUUACCACCGAUUCUCCUCUUUUCUCUCUGUUUCGUCGUCAUCUAGGGUUUCCUAAUGCAUGAGUUCUCUACUGUUGAUGGUUUUGCGGAGAUAAACGAGAGCUUAGCGGAGAUGAUAAAGUACAUUGCAAAUGAACCCUCAGUGGGGCUUUACUACAUUCAACAGCACAUCCGAAACGCAGCACCGAAUGUUAUUAAUCUCAACAACAACGUUUUGGAGAAGUCCCGUGAAACAGGCUUGCAUACCGAAGACUUGGAAGAUUCUAUAGCCAUGGUGAAAUCUAUGAAAGACUGUGGUUCACCUAUUGCUGAUGAGAUGAUAGGAGACAUUAAGAACUCUUUAGCGAUAAUGUCUUCGAAACAACCGAGGAGAGGGGUCAUCCUCAACUCCACAAGUCCUUGGAGCAGAUCCAGCAGUAUAACAACAAGAACGCGUGGUUCUGAUAACAGCCAGGAUAAUAGUGAAAGCAGCAACUAUUUCACAUCAGUCUUCAUGACGGCUAAGGAGAAGGCAAGCAACAUCAAAUGGCCACAACUUGAUUUCAAAGAACAAAAGUCAGAGGCUGACCCCAAUGUGCAAAGCAAUGAGUUAAAAGAAGAAGAAGAAGAGGACUCAGGGAAAGGUGAACAUAUUGUGGAGACAACAAAGUUUGAGGAGUUCAAGGCAGGUAAAGAAGCGAGUCUCAAGGCAUGGCUUGGAGAUAUGGAUGGGAAUGUGGAUGUUGGUGGUCGUGUUGCCGAGAGAAUUUAGAUGUUUUUUCAUUAAUGUCGCUGUGGUUACGGGAGACUGCUUAUUUAUGUAAAUCAUUCACUUACACAGAGAAAAAAGAGUUAAAAUUUUGACUUUACUUUGAACAAGUUUAAACAACUGAAUAAGAGUCCUAUAAGAUUGCAAGUGCAGGAGGAUUCAAACUGCAUUUGGGAGAUAACA